GCCGCUUCCUCCACCAAGCCGUUCCAGACCAAGCUCGUCCUUCUGGGCGAGGCUGCCGUAGGCAAAUCCUCCGUCGUGCUCCGAUUUGUCUCCAACGAGUUCGCUGAGAACAAGCAGCCUACCAUUGGAGCUGCUUUUUUGACUCAGAAGUGCAGACUGGAGGACAAAGUCAUCAAAUUUGAGAUUUGGGACACGGCAGGGCAGGAGCGCUUCCACUCGCUCGCGCCCAUGUACUACCGUAAUGCGCAGGCUAGCGCUGUCAUCUACGAUGUCACCAAGGCGAGCUCGUUCGAGAAGGCCAAAUCCUGGGUCAAGGAGCUGCAACGCCAAGCCAACCCGAACAUCGUCAUUGCCCUCGUCGGCAACAAAAUCGAUCUUCUUCAACAGUCCUCGUCGUCCAGCAAUGAGGAGGGCGGCGGCGAUGACACAACAGUCGAGGCUAACGCCGACGGCGCUGAGGCGACGCCUGCUGCCAGCUCGUCUGUGGUUCGGGCUGUCUCCAAGGAGGAAGCCAAAGCCUACGCAGACGAGAGCAACCUCCUCUUCUUUGAGACGUCGGCCAAGACGGGCGAAGGCGUCAUUGAUGUCUUUACCGAGAUUGCAAAGAAGAUCAACCCGCAGGAUAUACAGCAACAGCAGCAGACACAGCAAGGAGGACGAGGAGCAGGGCAGGGAGCUGCUGGUGGAAGGCAGCAGGGUGGAGGCAAUGUGAGCUUGCAAGAUGGGCAGCAGGGAGGCAGGAGGCAAGACGCUUGUGCUUGCUAG